CAGAGCAGUGUAAUUAGUCAGAGGAGAGCCCCAGUCGGUGACAGACAGAUCAGCAGCCCAUCCCCAGGCGCAGGAGACACAGUCGCGCAUACAUUACAGGGCUUUGUGCUACUCGCUGCGCCCGCGACUCUGCUGCACAUGUUGUGCGAGGGAUCCGCUCCCAGUCUGCCGCUGUGCCCAUGGCUGGACGUGAUUUGGAGAAGAGCAACGCGUCCUUCCUCCCCACGGACAUUCCCACGGUGUCGGUGGCCAAACUGGCGUCUCUGGGGCUGAUCGCGUGCGUCAGUCUGGCCGGCAAUUUGCUCUUCGCUUUCAUCGCUCUGAAGGACAAGAGCCUGCGCCGGGCUCCCUAUUACCUGAUGUUGGACCUGUGCCUGGGGGAUCUGAUCCGCUCUCUGCUUUGUUUCCCUCUGGUGCUCAAGUCCAUCAGCAGCGGAUCCCAGUGGAGCUACAGCAAGUGGAGCUGCAGAAUGAUGGCCUUUGGGGCGGUGUUGCUUUGCUUCCAUGCCGCCUUCAUGCUGCUCUCCAUCAGCCUCACCAGGUACAUGGCCAUAGCCCACCAUAGGUUCUACUGUAAGAGAAUGACGGGCUGGGCUUGUGCCAUUGUCAUCUCCAUGGCCUGGAUCCUCUCCACCGCUAUGGCCUUGCCUCCAGUGUUUGAGCUGGGCACCUACAAGUUCAUCAGGGAGGAGGAGCAGUGCACCUUUGAGCACCGCUAUGUCAAGGCCAACGACAGCCUGGGCUUCUUGCUCAUGUUGCUCUUCAUUGUGGGGGCCACACAUUUUAUCUACAUGAAACUGCUCUUCUUCAUUUACGACCACCGAAAAAUGAAACCAGCCCAGUUGACCCCAGCCAUCAGCCAGAACUGGAGCUUCCAUGGACCUGGAGCAGCAGGACAGGCAGCUGCCAAUUGGAUCGCAGGGUUCGGCAGGGGCCCCACUCCCCCCACCUUGGUAGGUAUGAGACAGAGCACCCAGGGCCACAUUAAGAGAUUGGUGGUGCUGGAAGAAUUCAAGCAAGAAAAGAGGCUCUGCAAGAUGUUCUAUGUCAUCACCUUGCUCUUCUUGCUCUUCUGGGCCCCUUACCUGCUGGCUUGUUAUCUAAGGAUCUUUCUGAAAUCAGCCAGCUUGCCCCAGGGCUACCUCACAGUGUCAGUGUGGCUGACGUUCGCCCAGGCAGGGGUUAACCCUAUUGUCUGCCUCCUGCUGAACAAAGAAGUGAGAACCUCUCUGAGAGCCUUCAUCCCCUGUAAGAGCACCCAGACCCAAAGGGAUCCCUAUAUUGACACAUGACCCUGUCACUACUAAUAUUGCUCCAAUUACAUCACGUGGCUUUAGUUUCCUAGAAUUUAAAGGGAUACUGUCAUGGGAAAAAAUUUUUUUUUCAAAACGAAUCAGUUA